AUGAGAAUGCCCAGAAGAGGUUUAGUAAUUCAAGCCAGGACUCGUUGGCUAUUAGUGGGCCUUGCUUUACUAUUCAGUUUAGUCUUGCUCAUGUAUUUGCUUGAGUGUGCUCCACAAACAGAUAGUAAUGGAUCUCUACCUGGUGUCGUAGGCGAAAACAUGGGUAAAGAAUACUAUCAAGCUCUCUUGCAGGAACAAGAAGAGCAUUAUCAAAACCGAGCUACCAGUCUGAAACGUCAGAUUGCCCAGUUAAAGCAAGAGCUUCAGGAAAUGAGUGAUAAAUUGAAAUCCCUACAAGAAAAAAAGAGCCCCAAAGUCAAUGGUAUGAACUACCAGGGCACCAAGGAACAAACAUCCAAUGAUCUCCUAGAGUUUCUUCAUUCCCAGAUUGACAAAGCUGAGGUGAGCAUGGGGGCCAAACUGCCUAGUGAAUAUGGCGUCAUUCCUUUUGAAAGCUUCACAUCCAUGAAGGUAUUCCAGUUGGAGAUGGGGCUCACUCGGCACCCAGAAGAGAAACCUGUUAGAAAGGAUAAACGAGAUGAAUUGAUGGAAGUUAUUGAGGCUGGCCUAGAAGUAAUCAAUAAUCCAGAUGAAGAAGAUGGACAAGAUGAAGAUGAUGGGGUAGGAGAGAGGCAGCUGUAUAGUGAAAACGAUUUCAUAGAAG